AUGUCUUCGAAAGCAAAUCACGUUAUCGAUGAGUCGAAGCUUCAUGUCACUUCGAUAUUCCAGAAGACGGGUGAUCAUGCCGUUAUCGAUCAUGUUGCUGAUAGCGACGAGGAAGUUCUUUACGCAUUAGGUUACAAACAAGAGUUCAAGCGAGACUUUUCUAUUUGGUCCUCGUUCUCAGUAUCAUUUUCCAUUCUUGGGCUUCUUCCUUCUGUCGCGUCGACACUGGGUUACAAUCUUGGAUAUAGUGGUAUAGCCGGGUCGGUAUGGGGAUGGGUCGCCGCUGGUAUCUUGAUACAAUUCGUUGUGCUAGCAAUGGCUGAACUUUGCUCGAGUAUGCCUACCGCUGGAGGUCUGUACUACGCUUCAGCUGUACUUGCACCCGAUGGAUGGGGCCCUUUCUUUUCCUGGGUGACUGGGUGGUCAAACUUCUUGGGACUUGUGACAGGCCCUUGCUCAGUUAAUUAUGCGCUUGCAGCCAUGAUUCUAACCGCCGCACAAAUCGGGAACCCAAACUACCAGGUAGAAACUUGGCACGUAUAUCUCACGCUUCUAGGUCUUUUGAUCUUUGAAGGUUGUUUGUCGAUGAAUUCCACAAAAUUUCUCGGAAGGAUGAAUUUCGUGGGCGCUAUCUUCAAUGUGAUCGUGGUUUUCGUCUUCAUUAUAUGGAUGACAGCAGGUUCUAUUCAUCCAUUCAACUCAAAUGAGCAAGUUUGGACUUCAAAAGGAAUUGUCAACGGUACAGAGUGGCCUACCGGCUUUUCGUUUCUUAUGGGCUUCCUGUCUGUGAUCUGGACCAUGUCUGGAUACGAUGCGCCAUUUCACCUAUCAGAAGAAUGCUCAAACGCAAAUAUCGCGAGUCCCCGAGCUAUCGUCAUGACGGGACAGUUCGGUCUUUAUCUUGGUUGGGCAAUCAUUUUAGUGAUCGCAUAUACCGUGAAUGAUGUGAUGGAUGUUGUCGCAGGCCCAUACGGCCAGCCGAUGGGCAGCUUAUGCUUACAAGUACUCGGCCCCAGAGCCGGACUUGCUAUGUUUUCACUGAACAUCAUUGCUCAGUUUUUCGUUGGCACUGGUAUUACCAUCAGUGCUUCCCGUGUGACUUUCGCUUACUCCCGAGACGACGCCCUCCCAUUCUCUCGAUGGCUUAAGAUGGUCAACAAGCGCACCAAGUCUCCUGUCAACGCGGUCUGGUUCUGCCAAUUAAUUGGUGCUCUUCUGGGACUUCUCAUGUUUGCCAGUCCUAUUGCAAUUGGCGCAGUCUUUAGUAUUGGUGCCAUUGCUCAAUAUACAGCUUUCAUCACACCGAUUGCUUUAAAAUUACUUGUAGCUGGUGACAAGUUUAGACCAGGGCCAUGGCAUUUAGGCCGUUUCUCUAAACCCAUCGGAAUAGUGGCAUGCUCUUUUGUGCUUCUCAUGAUCCCGGUUCUGUGCUUCCCAGCAACUACGGGAAGUGAUUUGGAUCGGCUCAACAUGAACUACUCGUGUCUAAUUUACGGUGGCUCGAUGUUUCUUGCCAUGAUGUUUUACGCAGUAGACGCCAGGAAGUGGUUCAAAGGGCCGCGUAUCAACGUUGAACACUUGCUUCAUAUUUCCCAACUGGAAAGCAAAGAGACAUCUGAGAACACAAGUCAUGAAGUUACAAAAGAUUCUAAGCUGGAAUAA